AGUAUGCACCGCAUAGGUUUCUGAAUUUCUUGACCAAAAAGUCAGCUAAACCCUGGACUCAUAUUCAUAUAAUCAUAUCCCAUUAACAACAACAUAUAAGAUUAAGAACACUACCUUCCUCUUCCUCCAUAAAAGUAAACCCCCAUUAAUUUAACAACGUAUAAGCCUUCUCUCGAUCAUAUACAAAUUAAGAACGUAAAAACCAAUUAAGAAGAAUGUUAACACUAUCUGCCAUCUCCUCGGCUGCCCUGGCCUUUUGGGCAUCAGAACAAAAGGCUAAGAUCAAGGAAACCAAUGCCAUGGUCGACACCCUUAAUGCCACAUUUGAAUAUCCCAUGUCCUGUUUAGGGUCACUCUUAACCAGUCUUCCCCACCAAGAUGUGAAAAAACUCGUCUUUAUUCGCGGUGUUAUUUUGCCAACAUCUUUUGCCAAUAUUGGUGGUCUUGACAAGGUCUCAUCGUCGUCGUCGUCGUCGCCUAAUCAAGGUGUUGGGUCAGCAAUCAAUAUACUCCGCUCUCCUAAGACCGGUCAGCAUGCUGUUGUAGUUGAAAAAACUACCACGCACGUAUACAAUGAAACAUCUACCAACUUGAUGGGCGACAACAAGAAACAAGAGGGAACUAAAAUUGUCUCCAAGGCACGGAAACAGGUUCCCUUUAUUAUUGCGGAUCACAUUUCAGUACCAUGCAACGAAUACGUGGUAAUCAACUUAGAGGGUGCAGAUGUUGAAGUUCCUCUACAGAAAGUCUCUUAUGAUAAGAAACAUAUUUUUACUCACAAUCACAAUGGGCGUGAAUUACAAGUUGAUGAGGUUACUGAAGAAGAAAUCCUUCCAGUGGGUACAGUUGUUACUGCUGUUGGCAUCUUUAGCUCUGAAAAUGGGAUUCCAACUAUCAAGCCCUUUCAAGAUCUUCCCUAUUUCCUAACAUCCAAGACCAAGAAUGAGAUGAUUGCUGAAGUAUCUGCUAAGUUCAAGAAUUUAAGAGAUACGUCUGAUUCACUGUCGCGCUGGUCAGUUGGUUGUGCCUUCUUUGCCUUUGGUGUUUAUUUAACACGCCUCGCACAAUCUUAAGGCAUAUGAUAUGAUGCGGUGAACAGAGGAUAUUCCAACACAGAGGCCUGCUUUAUACUUGAAGGGCCUACGUUCACUCAUACUUAUACUACUACAUUUACAGUUUGAGAAGUUAGACGGUUAUUCUGUUUUUUCUUUUUAAUAUUCGUGUUUGAUUAACACUAGUCGGAGUAUAAUUAGCAUAGAGUAUUUGGAACUAAGUCUAUAUCAUCAUAUAUCAUUGGUUGUUUUAUGAAUUUUUCGGUGUAUGGGAUUACCAUGGACCAUGGAAUACCGUAUUCUAUGCAGAAGUAUGAACUAGUGACA